UCCAGGCUGAGGGGAUUUUCUCCCACCAGGCCCGAAGCCUGAAACCCCUUGGCUGAGCCCCCCAAAAUUCCCCCUGACCCCCCCUUUUUUCCUCUUAUUUUUUUUUGGGGGGGGGGUUGAAAAAAAUAUUUAAUUUAUAAAUUAGAAUUAACUUUUCAAUUCUGACAGAAUGUAAAUCAAUUCCCUUCUCUUCCCCCCCCCCUCAAAUUCAAAGCCACCAAUGCUCCCUAAUUUCUUUUUCCCCUGUUUCCCCCUCCCCAGUAAAAAAAAUAAUAAUAUUCAUAAUAAUUAUGGAGGCUUCUUUGUUCCUUUCUGAGAAGUUAAACUGAAAAGGAACUCCUGAAAUGGAAACUAUAUGAAUUUCCUUCUCCCCCCCACCCCCACCCCUAUUUUUGAAACCCCCAUAUUUUCCUCAUUUCCCCUCCCUAAAAUUAAAAUUGUUGGGAUUUUAAUUCCUCAGGAAUUAAAUUAAAAAUGAAUUUAUGUCCGUUACAUGGCUAUUUUCCCACUCCUGCCCUCCCCCCAAAAUUGAACUUACAAUUCAAUUUUGAAUUGAAAGAAUCCAUUCCUUUUUUUUUCAUGCUCCAGAAAUGACUGGGGCUAGCUAUUUCUUUUCUUAUUCCCUUUUAUCCCCCCCUUCCCAAAGUCUACUGAAGGGUCGUGACGCUUUCCAUGUAGCCCCCCUAUUUUAGAGACCCCCAAAUAUCCCAUUGGGAGAGGUAACCCUAUUUUUCCCAUCUGCUUUAGAGAUGGCCCAGUUCCAAAAUGCCAUCCUUAAACCUCGACAUCCCUUCUCUUGGCUCCCUUUUGAAACAACCCUAACUCUGAUUUCUGGACUUCCCAGUCCAGAAAUGCUAAAUAAGAUGCUCUCCUAGGCUGAGCCCCCGUGCUUCGUCUCAAGACCCCCUGACCUGGCUUGUCUUCAUCUUGGGACCCUCGUAUGACCAUGUCGUCCCCUCCGGCACCACCCGCUAAGAAACGGAAGAUGAACUUCUCGGAACGGGAGGUGGAGAUCAUCGUAGAGGAACUGGAGCGGAGCAAGCACCUGCUCAUCAAUCACUUCAACGCGGGCGUGCCGCUGACUGUCAAGGCCGCCGCAUGGCACAACAUCCUGCGACGGGUCAAUGCAGUGGCGACCUGCCACCGGGAGCUGCCGGAAGUGAAGAAGAAGUGGUCGGACCUCAAGACGGAGGUACGGCGCAAAGUUGCCCAAGUCAGAGCUGCCGUAGAAGAUGGUGGCAAUGACCAGGAAGGAGGCGGGGAAGUCCAGGAGGUUGAAGAAGAUGCAACAGGGACCUCUGCUGCCCCAGUGAUUCUCACCCCCAUGCAGCAGCGCAUCUGUAACCUUCUGGGAGAAGCCACCAUCAUCAGCUUGCCUGCGGGAAGCUGCACCGCCACCCAUACGUCGGAAAUACCCAUUACAGCUGCCGCAACCACCGUCACCCUUACACAGAUUCCGGCAGAGAUGACGUACCACAGCCUGGAAGAGGGGGUAGUCGAGUACUGCACCACCGAAGCCCCCGCCACUGUCACAGCCGAAACCCCCUUGGAGAUGAUCACCCAGCAAGCCGAAGUCUCCGCCAAGCCCCAGGAACUGAAAAACAGGAUCGCGCUGAACUCCGCCAAGCUCCUGCAGGAACAGCGAGUGACCAAUCUGCACGUCAAAGAGAUCGCCCAGCACCUCGAACAGCAGAACGACCUGCUGCAGAAAAUCCGCCACUCCCAGGAGGUACAGGCCUGCGCGCAGGAACGCCAGGCCCAAGCCAUGGAAGGGAUGCAGGCCGCUCUCAAUGCCCUCAUCCAGAUCAUGCACCCCGUGAUUAAGGACUUCCGACGGUUUCUACAGAGCAACACCCCCGUCGCCCCUUCGGGGACCACCGAUCCGAGCCAAGCGACUCAGAAUGGACAGGAUAGCCUCAUUCAAUGAAAUUUCGGGGAGGGUGUGUGUGAAAUCCUCUAAACCCGAGCCUGGCCCAGGAAGAGGCGAUGGGCAUCCUAUUUUGUGCCAUCCGACGGGUUUAGAAGCCAAAAAAAACCCGUUCCGGAUUACUUACUUACCCGGCUCAACUCAUGUCCUUUUUUAAAACCGUUUACGCAUUUUCCUUGGCUCUGCUAGGAAUAAACCAUAACUUUAAAUGUUCGAUUUUAAAGGAAAAGGUGGGCAAAUAGAUUUUUAUACAAACAGAAAGCAGACUUUCACUCUCUUUUUUUAAAAAAAAAACAAAAAAAAUGGUCAAAGAGUUGCUGUUUUCAGGAUUCAGGCUAGGAGAGAGAGAGGUGAUGGUCUCCGCCAUCGCACUUAGAGAAUUCUUGGAACUUGAAGGCCCAGCUCAGAGAAAAGAAACCAGGUUGACAAAGGCUGGAUCACAGGUAGCCAAGUAAGUGCAAAUUAUUGUAGAUACUGUCCACAGAUCCUUGGAUAUUGUGGCUGGGAUGUGUUGAUCGCAGAAUGGGGUAUCUAAACGCACAUACACACACACCACUCUGAUGAUGCUAUCAGUACUUAGACACAUCCUGAUCUGCUAUCAGGACAGCCUCCAAGGUGACAAUCGCAUACACUGGUAUUGCAAGCAAUGAGACAGUGAACCUUAGUUUAUUGAGCGAGACACGGUGUCUGAAGUUCACACAACACUAAGCCACAAGAAAAUCAUAUUCUGGCUUAAUGCAGUGCACCCAGCCAUAACUUGAGAAGAGCAACGAAGAUGAUAAGGGC